AUGUUCCUCGUUAACUGGGUCAAGGAGAGCUUCGGAGAGUUUCUCUCAUGGCUCGGGUUCCUCCCAGAAAAUUCCAAAAUCCUGUUUCUGGGUCUCGAUAAUGCCGGAAAGACAACGUACUAUUUUUGGACGCUCGCAACUGACGAACUAAAACAAAUUAUGAUUCAUUGGUUUCGUACAAAGCAUGCUUGGCGUUGAAGUUGUACCUCCUUCGCUCGUUUAUCUCUUCAAUCGCACAACAGGUUGUUGCAUAUGUUAAGGGACGAUCGAAUUACAACUCAUAAUCCCACGCUGCACCCGCACGCAGAAGAACUGUACAUCGGAAAUAGGCGAUUUCGAGCAUUCGAUCUUGCGGGCCACGAACUCGCUAGAAGAAUAUGGAAGGUAUGGAUCCUAUAUAUAAAUGAUUCUGAUUUUGAUGUAAAUGUAAAACAAAAAUGGAAACGUGUCGCUCCGACGUUGUUGCAUUCUCAUCAUGUACCACUUGUACUUGUAGUAGUCGAUUCUCUUUAUCGAAUGAAAGUAUUAAUAUGAUGUAGUUGUAGACCUUAGACUUCAUCUUGAUAUGUUUCGCUCCUCAGGGCGAUGCAAAGGCAACCUCUCAUGUCCUCCUCCCUGUGCAUCCACCUCAGGACUACUAUGCAGAUGUCGAUGCCAUCAUUUUUUUGGUAGAUGCAGCGGAUAGGACAAGAAUGGCCGAGGCUAAAAUCGAAUUGCAAUAUCUUUUCGAGACCGAAACUCUCCGAUAUGUAUUUUUUCUUUGAAAUUAUAAUCCGUGUGCUUUUCCUCGACGCGGCAGCAUCUAUGAUGAAAUAUGACGUAAGUAACUGGUUGUACUAAGUAGCGGUAGUAGUAGAGUAGUACUACAGUCGACGUGUGCAGCUGCAGCUAGUGCUGCUGCUGCGACCGAGGUACGGCGGACUGAAUUUUCAUUGCUUGCAGUUUGUUGCACCUUUUUUUUGUUUUUCCUACAUACGAGUUCAACAAAAAAUGAAAUGUUCUCCUAAACCCGUAGGUGCCCUUCGCAAUCCUCGGAAACAAGAUCGAUAUCCCCACGGCGUGCUCUGCAGAGGAGCUUGUGCAGUUCCUGGAGCUUCCUAUGGCCUACAAUUAUCAGGGAUAUUCCAAGGUACUGAUUGUGAUUUUGAUUUGUGAUUGUAUACUUAAACAUAUUUUAUACUAAAAGUAGAAACGCGAAGAUGAAUAUACUUGUACAACAUCAACAUGGGAUUCUUAUACUGGAGAAGAAACAGGAACAAACACCUCUCGUCUUGUGGUUGUGUCAUUCCAAUUCCUUGACGUUCGAUCUAUUUUUCCAGAAUGAUUCGCAAAAUUUGCAUUUUCAGCCCGGUUCGGGACAGUGGGCCAACCGGCCGAAUGGUGGACCCAUUGAGGUCUUUAUGGUGUCCCUUGUAAACAAGAUGGGAUACAGUGCGGCUUUCAAGUGGAUUUCAGAGGUUCUCAAACAACAAAAGGCUCAGGGUGGCCAGAAGCAAGGACUCUAAAGAUUUAGUUUCCCCAUUUCCUUUGCCUCUGAUCAGGCGAGCUUGUUCUACUAGAAGUUCUCGUUGACACUACUUCACACCACGACAAAUGAUUUUAAUCGCUACAAGACAAGAAGAUGAAGCCGAAUGCUGAAGGAGAAGUUUAACAAGCAAGAGCUACUAACUAAUUGUGAAGAUGAGUGUCAACAAAAGCAAGAAGAGAUGACUUGCUCUGUUGACACAAGGGCCUCUGCCUGAAGAAGAUUGAACUAGUGCCAAACCCAACUUUAUCUAUUCAAGCGUGAAAAUUCCAAACUCAACCAUUGUCGAACAGUUUUUUCAAACUAACAGGAGCUACUGAGACUCGGUGCGGAGAAGUGCGAACGUUGCUGUGCGCGUGAUCUUCUAUGUAUUUUGUAACCGAUGUCACAAAAAAAAAUGAAGUCUAUCUCCUAGCCGUAGUAGCGUCUAUUGUUACCGACUGGUGUCUAUUGUUACCGAAUGUUUGGCCAACAAAUAUGUAUCUAUUCAUUUUUAUACUGAGAACAUCCACGAGCACGUCAUAGAUUUAUUUUGAGAUCACUGCUCACAUCAACAUACGGACGGCAGCGACACACUUCUAUCUUUCGCUGCCCAUGAAGAACAAUGUAUGCAGCCACAACUACUUCGAGCUCGACGUCACCAAAAACUUCCCUAUACAGCUAAUGACUCACAACGAACAACAAAAAUGCUUGCGUUUGCCAAGCAACCUCGCAAUAAAAAACAGCGAC